AUGUCUGAGCUCUCUCACCCAAUGAUCAAAGACGGCUGGUUCGCCGAGGUCAGUGACACUAUGUGGCCUGGUGAGGCUAUGUCGCUGAAGGUGAACAAAAUCCUCUACACUCAAAGAUCGAAGUACCAGGAUGUGCUGGUUUUCGAGUCUUCGAACUAUGGUAACGUUUUGGUCUUGGACGGUGCUAUUCAAGCCACCGAGAGAGACGAGUUUUCUUACCAGGAGAUGAUUGCACACCUUGCACUCAACUCGCACCCAAACCCUAAGAAAGUGCUUGUCAUUGGAGGUGGAGACGGUGGUGUCUUGAGAGAAGUUGUUAAGCACGAAUGCGUUGAGGAGGCGGUUCUAUGUGACAUUGACGAGGACGUCAUUGCGGUUUCCAAGAAGUAUCUUCCCGAGAUGUCCAAGUCGUACUCUCAUCCAAAGGUCAGAGUGCACAUUGGGGACGGGUUCAAAUUCCUUGAUAACUACAAGAACUGUUUCGAUGUGAUCAUCACUGACUCUUCCGACCCUGAAGGACCAGCCGAGUCUCUUUUCCAAAAGCCAUAUUUCCAGCUUUUGAAGGAAGCGCUGACAGAAAAGGGUGUCAUUUCGACCCAGGCAGAGAGUAUCUGGCUCCACCUGAACAUUAUCAAGGACCUCAAGAAGACGUGUAAGGAUGUGUUUCCGGUCGCCGAGUACGCUUACUGCACGAUUCCAACCUAUCCAUCGGGACAGAUUGGGUUCAUGGUGUGCUCCAAAGACGCCAAUGCUGACGUCACGAAGCCAUUGAGAAGCGUCGACGAGGACACUGAAAGAAAAUUGUACAAGUACUACAGCAGCGACAUCCACAAGGCUGCCUUCGUGCUACCAAAUUUUGCCAGAGAGGCUCUUCAGUAA